AUGACUGAAGCUGUUGUUGGUUUUGUGUUGGAGAGGUUGGAAAAUUUGCUCAUCCAUGAAGCAGAUUUGCUCCGUACAGUCAAGGGCGAUGUUAAUUUGCUUCAGGAUGAUCUUCGCAUUAUGAAUGCAUUUCUCAAAGAUUCUGAAGGGAAAGGAGACGGUCAGGAAAUGGUGGAGGUGCUAAUCGACCUAAUCAGAAAAGCUGCUUUUGGGGCUGAGGAUGUCAUAAACACAUACAUGGCUCAAGUUAUAAAGCAAAGGAGAAGGAAGCUGCCGAUGAAAUUGUUCCAUUGCUUUGAUCAAGCACUCGUGCUUCACCAAGCUCAAUCUCGUGCAAAUGAAGAGGCAGAACAAUCACUUCAACAACGCCGGAGAAAUGUUGAGGAAGAAGAUGUGGUAGGCUUUGGCAAUGACACAGCAAAAUUGGUCUAUCAGCUUCUCGAUCGAAGCAGAUCACAACGCAAGGUAAUUUCAAUCAUAGGCAUGGGUGGUUUGGGAAAGACCACACUUGCCAGAAAAGUUUACAACAAUACUCGUAUCAAGAAUCAUUUUGCUCACUGUGCUUGGGUUAAUGUAUCUCAAGAAUACAAAACCAGAGCGUUGAUUCUUGAUAUAUUGAAGUGCGUUGGGCCAAUAUCAGAAGAAACAUAUAACAUGUCUGAUGAAAAACUUAAAGGCGAAUUGCGUGACAAGUUGAAAGGAAAGAGGUAUUUUGUCGUCAUGGAUGACGUGUGGAAACCUCAAUUUUGGGAUGAGAUGAGAGCAUGUUUUCCCAAUGACUCAAAUGGAAGCAGAAUAUUAAUCACUAGUCGGGAAAAAGAAGUUGCUUCGAAUGCGGGCUCAAAUCCUCCUUAUUUCUUACCAUUUCUUGAUAAGGAAGAGAGUUGGGAACUCUUAUGCAAAAAGGUGUUUCAAGAAGAAAAAUGUCCUUCAAAUCUGGAAAGUCUCGGGCGGCAACUUGCAGAAAGUUGUAAAGGCCUACCGCUUUCUAUUGUGGUAUUGGGAGGUAUUCUGGCAAAGAAAGACAAGACACCCCAAACAUGGUCCAAUCUUAUUGGCAAUGUCAAUUGGUUCCUCAUCGACGAUGACAACAAGCGUUGUUCAGAUAUUCUCGCUCUGAGCUACAGCUACUUGCCACGUAAAUUGAGAGUAUGUUUCUUGUAUGUCGGUGUCUUCCCUGAAGAUUUUCUGAUCCCUGCAAGGACAUUAAUUCAAAUGUGGGUUGCUGAAGGAUUCAUAUCUGUUCAAAAUGACAGCAGAAAAAUGGAUGAAAUUGAUGUUGCUGAAUACUACUUGGAACAGCUCAUCGAUCGAAGUUUGAUCCAGGUAGCAAGUAGGAAAAGCGACGGAGGCGUGAAGACGUGUCGUAUCCAUGACCUUGUAAGAGAUUUCUGCAUAAAGAUGAGCAUUCAAGAGAAAUUUUACGAGGUUCGUGUGAAUAGUGCUGACCUUAGACGUUCAUCAAAUAGUAGCAUCCCUCGAAGACUAUCCAUACAAGGUAACAUUGAUUCUGAAAGCAUUUCCUCUUCAAGGACUAGCAAUAAUUCAAUUUCUGUUGGGUCCUUGUUGUUAUUUAACUCAUAUUCUCAUUACAACCCUCUGAAAUGGGCUUUGAAGAACUUUAGGUUUGUCCGGUUGUUGUCUGUUGAGGUUAGUGAUUCAUCUCAUCGUUCCCGUACUUUUCCUAAGGAAAUAGGACAGCUAGUAUUUCUAAGAUACCUUAAGAUAGCAUAUACGGGCCGAAUUCGUAUGGCAUCUGCGGGCAGACGUUAUUUAGUUUAUUAUUGGAAAUCAUUUCCUGCUUCCAUAUGCAAGCUUCCAUAUCUUGAAACAAUUCACGUGGAAGGAUGGAUUGUCAAGUACAUUCCAAAUGAGAUAUGGAUGAUGAAGCAAUUAAGACAUCUCUGCGCAAGAUAUGGAAUAGAAUUAAAACCACCUUCAAAAAUUGGUCACACUUUGAGCAAUCUCAAAGUCCUUUCCUUUGUACAGGUUGAUAAGGAAACUUCCAUUCUCUUUCGAAAAUCUUUGUUCCCAAAUUUGAGAAAACUGCAUUUAGGUAAAUGGUUUCGACGCCAGAUUGAUGAAUCUAUGGCGUCGGAAAUAUUGGCAAGUCUAGAGUCUUUGCGAAACCUGCAAAUCUUGAAAUUGAGUAACUUCAAAUUUUGGCAGCGGUUGGAUUUGUUCCCAUCAUCAUCAUCAUCAUCAAAACUCACCAAGAUUACAUUUGUAGACUGCGAAUACUUGGACUCAAACCACUUGAUGGGAAGUCUUGGGAAACUUGCGAACUUACGGAUCCUAAAGAUUAGAGGAUGGCUUAGUUCUCCUUCGCAGCUACAUUUCAUGGCGGGUGAAUUUCCGCAGUUGGAAGUCUUUAAAAUGAUUGGUUUAAGAGAUAUUGAAACGUGGGAACUCGAGACACAUGCAAUGCCCAACCUUAAGCAUCUGGUUAUAGAGCGAUGUACAAGCUUGAGAAACCUUCCUGAUGAACUCUGGAGCUUGGCCAACCUCAGAAUGGUAGAGGUAUCGAACAUCGAAGCAGAUUUGAAGGAGAAGCUCGUGAUCAAGCAAUCAAGAUGA